AUGGCGACUUCUUCGAUCACUAUACCGACCAUAAGAUCUCCGAUUCGGGGAUCGAAAUUUCUAGGCCAAACCCAUGUAUUUUCAACUGCAAACCGGUCGAUUUUCCCGCCUCCGAAACAGCAAUCAAACGUUCAUCAAGUAAAGGCCAUGGGUAAAUUCAAUCUAUGGGAAGUGCUAGGAGGAAGAGGAUUAUGCAACGGAGAGAAAGGUAUCGAAAAGGAGCUCAAGAGGAACAUCGAAGGCGAGAAAGAGACAUCAAAGGCUGAGAACGAGACGGAGAAAGAGAGCAACGACAAUAACUCGUCGUUUAAAGUACCAGAAGAUGGUUUUGAGAAAGAGAUGAUGGGUCUCACCGGUGGAUUUCCAGGUGGCGAAAAGGGAUUGCAAACGUUCAUCGAACAAAACCCGCCUCCACCACCACAACCGCCUGUAAAACGAGGAAGCAAUGUAUCCGCGAUUGCUGCUGCGGAUAAGAAGCCGAAAGCGCCUGAGCUACCGCUACUCAUGCCGGGAAUGAUCGCUAUAGUCAAGAACCCGAACAAUCCGUUCCACAUGUAUUGUGGGAUAGUGCAGAGAAUCACUGAUGGAAAAGCAGGUGUCUUGUUCGAAGGAGGAAAUUGGGACCGUCUCGUUACUUUCAGACUUGAAGAGCUUGAACGAAGAGAAAAAGGUCCACCGGGUAAGAAUCCAAAGUCUUGUGUUCUUGAGCCUCUUAUUGAAGAGAUGCAAAAGGAAGCAACACCAUAA